AGUGACCGAGACACGCGUGGAAUCACCUGCCCGAUUCCAAACGAUUGGCAGUGCUGGAGGCCAGUGGGAGUCUGUUCUUCUGUCCCAGAAUCUUCCUCUGUGCUCUAUCUCGCGAAAGGGCGCCAAUGCGACACGCCUGGAAGACUAUGGUUACAUAGUGUGCCAGAAAAUUUGCCCUAAACAGGAGAGGAGACAACAGCAAUUACAUAACUACCAAAGUAGGCAUCAUAUUUUAGAAGCGAGUUUGAAUGAUGCUCGGUAAAAUGGUUUUCACGUACCAAGGAGCACCAACUGGCAGGGCCGUUAGAAUAUGCUGCUGAGAUUGGCCAUACCAUCCUUCGGAAUCCGAUUCGAAAUCACCAAACGCACAAACGCACCACAUUCACACGUACGUGCGCCCGCGCACUCAUCGAGAGCAACAGCACGCUUUCUGUUGCCUUAUAUGCACCCUCGUAUUUUACGGUUUCGCGAUGGCAAUCGUGCGUGCAGGAGAAUUAAAUCCAGAGGCUGCGGGAGUUCCACCGACCGUGGCGACGGUGCCGAUCGGAGCGCCGGUGCCGAUAUUCUGCUGGCGAGAGUUUGCCUGCGGCUGGGGUGCAGCGUUCGUCAACAUAACCGUGACCUAUCCCAUCUACAAGAUGAUCUUUCGCCAGAUGCUUCACGGCGUGCAGCUAACGCAAGCGUUCGGCCAGCUACGGGGCGAAGGCAUGACGUUCCUUUACCGGGGUAUCUUUCCGCCGCUGGCACAGAAAACGAUCUCGCUUUCGCUGAUGUUCGGAGUGUACGACAGCACUCGGCGCCCUCUAGUCGAGUACUGCCACGUCAAUCCGUACACAGCGAAAACCGUGGCCGGACUAGCAGCGGGCACCGUAGAGGCUGUGUUGAUGCCGUUCGAACGAGUUCAGACGCUACUGGCCGAUGCGGCGUAUCACCAAAAAUAUCGCAACACACACCAUGCAUUCAAAAUUAUCAUUCUGGAAAAUGGUAUUAAAGAGCUGUAUCGUGGGCUGGUGCCAAUACUGUGGCGUAAUGGACCAUCAAAUGCAAUGUUCUUUGUUUUGCGCGAAGAGGCGGACAGUCGGCUACCGAAAAGGGUUUCUAUUGUCUCACAGCGGACGCAAGAGUUUGUAGCCGGUGCCUGUAUCGGUGCAUUUAUUAGUUCGCUGUUCUACCCGCUGAACGUAUUGAAGGUGACGAUGCAGUGCCAGGUGGGUGGUCCGUACGACAAUAUGUGGACCGCACUACGCCAAGUUUACAUCAGCCGGGACAGGAAGCUGAGAAACGUGUACAAAGGCGUCAGCAUGAAUUGCACUCGUGCUUUCUUCAGCUGGGGUAUUAUGAAUACGGCCUACGAGCAGUUGAAGAAAGUUUUCUACUAGAAGGUCGUGCACACGCCACGGAAGCGCGCCGAGCUCGGGUGGAACCUGCGGUGUAAAUAUUCUUCAUUCAGCCACGCCAUCCCGUCACUAGUCCAAAGCGUCUGAGUUUUAAUCUCCACGGUGAGAAGGCACCAUGCCACCUUUGGGUCCAUAUUAACGCAUUCUCACCGUUUCGUACCUAGUUUACGUUUCCCACUCCUCACUGCAUGUGUUCCGCGCAUUGCAUUUAAUGCGACCAGCGACCCGGUUUCUCUUCCCGUUCGAGUCGUCCUCAUUCACGUGUCAUGAAGUAUUCUGUGUAUUUCCACCAUUUUGUUGUAUAUACGUAGAGUCUGUAAAUAUCGUUCCGACGCACAAAAGGUGCAAUACGUUAAUCAUUUCACGAAGACAGUCCGUUGGAUAGGCUUUCAUCUGUACCGUAGGAUGCGGAGCGAAGCAAUCGUUUUGGCCCUUGCGCCAAUACGAACUAAACCAAAAUAGGUUCCCCCCAAUACACCGGUGGGACCGUGCCGUACAAUAAAUCUUGCAAGUUGUUGCUCCCUGUAUUGUUUUUGUGUAGCAAUUAGUGUGUCGCAGCAAUGCUGCCAUAACAGUGUGAAAAAACAAAGGGACGCGUUCGUCUAUGAACUUGUAGCACAUUUUUGACUGUUUAAAUAAAUUUGGCCAUGUGU